AUGAUACGGCUACGGAUGGGAGUGUACAUAAUAUAUUUACCACCGACAACAUCCCAAACAAACAUGAGUUCGAUUCAAUGGGACGAGUCGCUGGCUUCGGCCAACAAUCUUCUCACUGAUAACGAGUGCUCUAUACUGCUCGAUGAAAGCCUACUCUAUACCGAUCAAGAUAUUCUAAAGAGCUUUCCGGGCGCUGCACCCAAGAUCGAAACUGCUAGCUUCCAAGAUGACCUCACUAACAGCAUGUACCCACCAUCACCUGUGGACAUCAAGCCAAGUCAAGCGGAGCGAGCUGAAGAUCUGCUGCAGCAGCUGGAUAGCCAAUACAAACAAGAAAACAUAUACCCUAACUGGUUCGAAGAGAAAGUUGAGAACAGCAUCUUCGAUAGCAUCAGUCAGGGACCAGAGCCGGAGUUCAGGCCGGUGGCUGUCGAUUACACCGCGCAGACUGUGCCGCGCUCCACCGAGGUUCUAUUGAGGGAGUUCGAGUCGGUGUACAGUGGCGUCCAGCUGACUCACCUCACCCCGCCUCAGAGCCCGCCCGGUCCGGCUACCCAGCUCCUGCUAAGCUACGCCCAAGCGCAGGCCGCUCCGGUACUACAGCCGCUACCUGUCGAGCAAUGGCCCAUAAUCCAGCCCCAAAGCUCGAUACCGGAAUACGACUGCGAUCCUCAGGCCCUCGAGGAGUUGGUCCGUCAUCGUGCUGCUCAAUUACAAUCGCCGCAGCCCGCGCACAGCCCUUCACCAUCUCCGCAAUCAUCACCGUCCUCAUCGCCGCGGUCGUCUUCCACUGACGAGGAUUGGACUUCAUCUCGCCCCAAGCCGUACUCCAGGAACGGUGAUGAUCGCAGGUCUCGCAAGAAGGAGCAGAACAAGAACGCGGCUACCCGCUACCGUCAGAAGAAGAAAGCCGAGAUCGAGGUGCUCCUCAACGAGGAACAGGAGCUGCGCAAGCGACACGGCGAGCUCGGGGACAAGUGCUCCGACCUCCAACGUGAGAUCCGCUACAUCAAAGGCAUCCUGCGCGACCUCUUCAAGGCGAAAGGCCUCAUCAAAUAA